GGGGGUGAAAAUAGCGCCGUGCGCAGGCGCGGUGUCGGCAUGGGGCGAGCCCCCAGCCCAGGCGGUGUGUUAUGCCGGGCAUACUGGCGCGCAGGCGCGGUGUAGGCCGGCGGUUGAUGUGACGUGGCAGAAGGUGAGGCGGGCUUGGCGGCCUCGGCGUGGACAGGCCACGGCUCCUCAAGAUGUUGACGUUCAGCGAGUGCUCGUUGCUGCUUGGCCUCCUUAGCUACCUGUGCGGCGCCUCGGCAUACUUCGUCAGCAUCGAUGCGCACGCUGAGGAGUGCUUUUUCGAGAAGGUAACGUCCGGCACCAAGAUGGGGCUGAUCUUCGAGGUGGCCGAGGGCGGCUUCUUGGACAUCGAUGUGGAGAUUACAGGACCAGAUGGGAAAAAUAUUUAUAAGGGAGACCGGGAAUCCAGUGGGAAAUACACUUUUGCUGCGCAUAUGGAUGGAACAUAUAAAUUCUGUUUCAGCAACAGAAUGUCCACUAUGACCCCCAAGAUUGUGAUGUUCACUAUUGACAUUGGAGAAGCACCAAAAGGGCAUGAUAUGGAGACAGAAGCUCACCAGAACAAGUUAGAAGAGAUGAUCAAUGAAUUGGCUGUGGCCAUGACAGCAGUGAAACAUGAGCAAGAGUACAUGGAAGUACGUGAGAGGAUACACAGAGCAAUCAAUGACAACACAAACAGUAGAGUGGUCCUCUGGUCUUUCUUUGAAGCUCUGGUACUAGUUGCCAUGACUCUUGGACAAAUCUACUACCUGAAGAGGUUUUUUGAAGUCCGAAGGGUUGUGUAGCAGCCUCUUGUAGAAGUUCAGCAUCGGAGCCACAAUCUGAAAAGGAUCUGGUCACAACAGCUUUUAAUACUUUGUCACUUGACUGAAAAUCUUUCACGCACUGUGUUAUUGGUCUUCAUUUACUGCUGUUUAUAUAAAAUCCUUUGUAGUACAAUAUUGGGAGUCCAUGGGUAUAAAAGAAUAAUUUGCAGAGGCCAUAAGUUGCAAUGUAGGGGAUUUUUAAUGCUCCAAAUCAGCUCAGAUCAACUGUACAAAGGGAUCUGACGAAUGUGCAAGCCCACCUGAUGUUUUUAAAGCAUUUCUGUAACAGUGUGUAAGCAGUUUAUUUUGUUGGCAGUGCUGUACAUAGAUUGCCCAGCUUUUGGAACAUUAGUAUUUCUCUACAAUUUAUUUUUCAAAGUGGCUGUGCGUUUCUGUGGAGGAUUUCUGAAAAUUUACAAUUAGUUUAAUACACAAGAUAUAGAUUUACUGUAACUGUCCAGACAUUUUCUUGUUGUCACAGUUGAUUUUCUUUUUCCUUUCAUUAUCUGUUUUCACCACUGGAACCAAGUGAACCCCUGGGUUUUAUGGUGGUUUGUUAUGGGUGUGGAUGUUUUUAUAAAAAUCCAUAUGAAAAUGAUUUUUAUUUGCUUUGCUGUAAUUAGUUUCUAACAUUGAUGAUGGGCUUAAACUGCAAACAAGAUGGAAAAGCAUUAGGUGUGUGGGUUGCUGAUUAAGAUGUGACCAGUGUGAAUAAGUUGCUUGUACUUGGUCUUUUGAAAAUCUUUCACUCAACAAUUUUGUACAAUUUACAGUUAUGGUUUAUCUUCAUGUUGAGGUAAACUCGUAUUACUUUAGGCGGGACACCAGCAGAUAAAGCUCCACAAUCCCACAACUUCACAUUAUCAAAGGUUCUUUUAUUUUUUUAAGAAUAAAGCGAAUGUUUCUUGAUUCUGAAAAUGCAGCAGUUUAAAGUAAUCCUGCCUGUCAUGGGCUAUCCAGGCGCCUGAUUGCACUGGUUUGUUACCUCUUUGCCAAUGAUCGGUAAUCUUUCUCGCAGAAUAAGUAUUUAAUUUUUGGCUGUGAUGUUGAGCAGUAUUUUGUUCCCAAUUUCAACUCUUGUACCUAGACUUCAGAAUAUCUGUGAAAUCCCCAUUAACUGAAACAUUCUUUAUUGUAAAAGCCCAGAAAUUAAAGCUCCGAGGAAGAAUGAAGGUAAUUUGGGGAAGGGUUGGUGAGAUUUUUCACAUUUUUUAAAAAAAAAAGUCCUGACUGACUUUACACCCCAAACAAUGCUGCAUUUAUAAUGAGAUCUUGCAGACUUUGAACAGUGGAAAAUUAAUAUUUAAUUUGCCAGAUAAAACCGAUUCUCGGUUUGGAGAAGGUUGCAGAUCUUCAGUGGCUGGUAAUGUAUAAUUAAAUGCUGUCUGGUAUUUUGAACCACGGAGCAUCUGCAUUGAUUUGGAAUUUGACUUAUGGAUAUUGGCUGGAAAGACUUUUGAUGGAUUUAAAAACUUGUGGUGAUUGUGGGAUUUUCAAAAAGAACAGGUUCAUAAACCUUCACCUGAUUUAAAAAGAAAUCAGCUGUCUGCCAACACUUUUUGAAAUCUUUAUGUAACAUCACAUCUUAAAUGGAUCAGAUGUGAUAUGAUGUAAAUUCAAGUCUAAAGUGUAUCUCUAAUAAAAUGACCCAAGCCAAUGAUAAUUAACGUAAUAUUCUCACAUUCUCUUCAAAUGAUUUGAGGUGCAGAGGAGAUGUAAUCAUUGUGUUUGCAUUCUGUCUUUUGUAAACAUUUUGCCGAUAUGUGUACAGGUAAAGUUCAUUACAGUAAACAAAAUUCCAAUUGAGUUUUAAAUUCAAAGCGAGGCAGUAUGUACAUAAUCUUGCCAAAUCAUGAGAGCAUUGUUUAUUUGAUCAUUUCAGGUGUGUGUUAUAACAUGCUGCUUUGUUGGUAGGAAUUUGAACCAUAUGAUCGAAUUGCCUCACACUGGUGUCUCAUUUAAAGCCAAGAGUCAGCUAAUGCUGUGAGACCAGUAGGGUUUUACCCAAGCUGCUCCAUACCUCUCACCUCUCUUCUUCUCACUCUUUUCUCCUCCCCCACCUCCCAAAGAGAACUCCAUCUCAUCUUCAUCUUCUUCCUCUUUCCUCCCCCCCCCCCCCCCCCCACCCCUCCCCGAUGAGGGUUCAGCUUUGUGAAUGAUCCUGAGUUAGUAUUACCAUGGUUGCUGAAUGUCUGUGGUUUGCCAGUGGUGAGUAUUAUUGCUGCAGUGAUCUGGUGUAGCAGGAAUCACUAAAGACAGUCAAUUUUUUUUAAAUGAUAUUCUGCAAAUGUAGUUUUACUCUCUCAAAUACAGUUGGCCAAAUUAAUUUGAAUAAAGCAAAAAGGUGAACUUACAAAAACUGAGAAUUUGAAACAAAUGUUCUGGAAAUGCAAUAAGGGUGAAUUUGAUGUUUGGGGUUUGUACAAUCCUAAUGAAGAGGAAUACAAAAUGCUCACCGUCUCUUUACAUAUGCUAGGAUUAGUGCAGCAAAUGUGUAAUAUGGUUAUUUACCAGAAAUUUGUCAUUUAAGACUGGUUUUUCCAACUGUCCUUGUACAGUCACCUCCAUAAAGAUACCUAGUCUUCCACAUUUGAAGGUUGUGGUACAGUGACAGAUAUCUAGCAUGUGGUAACCACUCAAUUGAAUUCAGUUCCAAUCUUAUUUGUAUUAUUUUCCAUGAGUGUACUUUCAAAUAAAAAAUAUAUUCAUUAAAAUAA